AUGAAUAAUAUUGCAAUGGUUUUCCCUCAAAAACUAAUAUAAUUGUCUGGCAGUGUUCCAUUGUUACCGUAGGGCAUUUCGUGUGCGCCAUGUUCUAAAAGAAAACUCUUCUUUGCUCCACCAAGAGAUUAUACACUGUGUUUUACUCGCAGAAGUAGAAAUGGGUCUUUGCGACUGAUUACUCCAUUGUUGCUCACGUAUGUACCACUUGAUUUCAUGCAUUCUCUUGUGCCUGGUAGUUAAGCGUGAGAACAUUUGCAUAAUCAAGAAGACUGAGAUAUUAGAUGGAUAUGAGUUACUCUUCAUUAUCAACUUUUUCAAAUUUAUUCAUUGGCUUUUGAACUUUCUAAUGUCUACAAGUAGCAAAAAUGGAAGCCCACCAAUGACCCUAUCUUCCUUCUCUUCAGGAAGGUAAAGAAGAUGUUCUCGAAGCCUGGUAUAUGGACGACUCAGAGGAGGAUCAGAGACUCCCUCAUCACCGUGAACCGAAGGAAUUUGUUUCCUUUGACAAGCUUUUAGGUUUGCUUUAAAAAAAUCGUAUUUAUGUGCUUGUCUCCACUAAUUCAAGUGGUUCACAGUUAGCAUGCAUAAAAAAAAUUUACACUGCAGAGCUUGGAGUUGUAAGCUGGCGCCUGAAUGCGGAUGCUUACGAAACCGAUGAAAACCUGAGGAAAAUUCGCGAAGCCAGGGGCUAUUCUUACAUGGUUUGUUAAAUGGCUAAAGUUAGUCCUUUUUUGCUGAACGUGUUCAAGAGAUGGAAAUACGAAGACUAGUGAUUGUUUUUCCGGUUCACAGGACAUAUGUGAAGUGUGCCCAGAAAAGUUGCCCAACUAUGAAGCCAAGAUCAAAAGUUUUUUUGAAGAACACUUGCACACUGAUGAAGAGAUCCGUUAUUGUCUGGAUGGGAGUGGUAGAAUAAUUUAAGCUUUUCGAUUCCAUACCUCUGCUUAUGAAGCACCUUUUCAUUUUUUCAUCUCAUUAAUGUCAUGAAAAUACGGGAAAUACUAAAACAUUCCGGUUGAUUGAAUGGAAGGAAUCCAAAUGGCAUAGGGAACAGAUCAAUUAUAUUUGGCAUGCAUUGUGUUUUCCACAUUUCAUAAGGAUCAUCCAUCACCAAUGAGUUUUCUGAGGUGAAUGUAGAAUACUAUAUCUUAGAAACAGUAUGACUGUACGCCAUCUCCUUGUCUUUUUUUCACACUUCUUUAUUCAUUGUGGCUGUGGCUGUGAAGGAUAUUUUGAUCUGAGGGAUGAAAAUGACCGUUGGAUCAGAGUUGCAGUCAAGAAAGGAGGGUUGAUCGUCUUGCCUGCUGGAUUGUAUCAUCGAUUUACUCUGGAUACUAACAACUACAUAAAGGUAUGUAGAUCUUUAUUUCGGUAUUUGUGUCGAUCAUUCUUUUCCCAUCUUAGUUGGAGUGAUGUCGUGCCUUACAAAAAAAAAUUCUCAUAGUCCCUGCAUUAAUCACAGUCUGCAUUUUUACCAAUUUCCAUUUCCCAGAUUACCCUUUUGUUCGUAGUUGGUUAUUAAUCUUGAUCCAUUGAUUUAAAAGAGGAAAUUUUUCUUCUUCCUUUUUUCUCCAGGCAAUGAGGCUCUUCGUAGGUGAGCCAGUCUGGACUCCUUACAACCGCCCUCAUGACGAACUCCCUGCCAGGUACACCAUCUUUGAUCAUAGUUGGUUUCUCCUUUCUCUAUUACUACAUCCUGCCUUUCUUUCGUUCUGUGGAUUCCUGCAUUAAACGUCUCCGACAUACUGAAAUGUACGGAUUUCUUUUUCAGGAAAGAGUAUGUUGAAUCACUUUCCAGGAAAGAAUUUGGUACUCAUGCGGUCGAAUCUCAUUGA